AUGUGUAAAGAGGCUUGUUUUGACCCGGGUCUUUCGGGCCUUAAUGAUACAGUCAUGCUUUACACAUUUGAUGCUCAAAUGCAUGCCGGUAAAGUCGUUGAUAAUCAGAAAAUUGAAAUAAUCGUCGUCUUAAAUUUUAGAACAAAUAGGUACCGAAUUAUUAACUUAUCCGGUUAUUCAGCUAAUAUGUUUGACUGUUGUUCUGGCGGAAAUUUUUUGGAAUCUGAGGAAACUUUUCUCAAUCACAAGUCAGUUUUAGAGGAGGCCGGCGUUAACACCGACGAACUCAACGGACUUGAUGCCACUCACUACCAAAUUCUCGAGCCUAUUACUCAAACUAGAGUGAUUGAGGUUGAGAAGGAGUACGUUGAGGAGAAGAUUAUUGAGGUUCCCGAGGUCCAAGUUGUUGACAAAUACGUUGAUGUCGAUGUUCCUGUUGUAAAAUAUAAGCCCGUUUAUAAGAAGAAGGAGGUUGUAGUUGAGCGCGUGAAGCACGUCCCCAAGAUUAUCUACGAGGACAAGAUUGUGGAGGUUCCACAGGUACAGUACGUUGAGAAGGAGGUGGAUGUUCCUCAGUACGUGACCAAAGAGAGAAUCGUAAAGGAACCAAAGGUCAUGGUCGUGGAGCGUGUUAUUCCCGUCCUUAAGGUCAACAAGGCUCAACACGCCAAGGAGGUUGAAGGUGAGGGUCACGAAUUCCUUGAGGAAGCUUAUGAAGGGGACUACUAA